AUGUUUGCGAUUAAGCAGGGAUUCGUCAACAUCAACAAGAAGCUCUUCAGGAAAACGUACGGAGCGUUUGUUCGGUCCCACUUGGAGCAACUCCGCGGUGACCUCAUCCAAACCUACCGAAUUAUUAGAGGCCGCGAGUGCGCCCUAGAAUUUGACGAAUUCUUCGAAUUGGCUCGAACGGAUCAUCUGCGGUAUCAGCCCUUUAAACUGCAGAGGAAACCAGUCCAUAUGGAAGUUCGACGAAACGCCUUCUCUUAG